CGAGUACUUCCCACCGCCGACAAUCAUACAAUACAAAUGCCGGAGCACCGACGUCAGACGUUACCAGUUGACAGACAAAGCUGAAAGAAACCAGUGGCGGGAAAACGAUGAAGCCAACUGUGGAGAUCAACAAGUUGAGGUUCACCUACCCCGGAAUCGACGGCCACCCGCCGCCUGGAUCAACUCCGCUAAUCGACGAUUUCUCCCUGACCCUCUUUCCCGGCGACCGCCAUCUUCUCGUCGGAUCUAAUGGCGCAGGGAAGACGACAAUUCUCAAGAUAUUGGGAGGGAAGCAUAUGGUGGAUCCAGAUAUGGUUAGAGUUUUAGGACGAUCAGCAUUUCAUGACACUGCUUUGACGUCUUCCGGCGACCUUUGUUAUCUUGGGGGAGAGUGGAGGAGAGAAGUUGCUUUUGCUGGGUUUGAGGUGCCUAUUCAAAUGGACGUCUCUGCUGAGAAAAUGAUUUAUGGGGUUAAGGGUGUUAAUCCCCAAAGGCGAGAUGAGUUAAUUAAGGCAUUAGGUGUUGAUUUGUCAUGGAGGCUACACAAAGCAUCCGAUGGUCAAAGGAGGAGGGUUCAAAUUUGUAUGGGUCUUUUGAAACCAUUUACGGUGCUCCUCCUUGAUGAGAUCACAGUUGACCUAGAUGUGCUUGCUAGGGCUGACCUGUUAAGUUUCCUGAAGAAAGAAUGUGAAGAACGAGGCGCUACAAUUAUUUAUGCCACACAUAUCUUUGAUGGGCUUGAGGAUUGGCCUUCUCAUAUUGUUUAUGUGGCUCAUGGAAAGUUGCAAUUUGUUACCCCAAUGAGCAAGGUUAAGGAGAUCAGCAACAUGUCACUAAUGCGAACAGUAGAAAGUUGGCUGAGGAAAGAAAGGGACGAGGAAAGGAAGCGAAGGAAGGAGAGGAAGGAAAAAGGGCUCUCUGCUUACGAAAAACAAAUCGAAGGAACUCGUGUGGUAGGGGGAGACCCUGUUCGCGUACUAAACAACGGUUGGGCUGGUGGAAGGCUACAUUCUACCCUUGCUGGUGAGGACAAUUUUGUCUAUAGCUCAAAUAGGGUUCUAAGGUAAUAGCCAUUGGAGUUUGGUUCCUUAUCAUUCUGUUUGUUUCCCAAGCCCCCCUUGUGUACUAAUAAUACAGUUUGUAUAUUGCAAACUGUUUUUUUUAAUGUGUGAAUAAUUUUUUUGAUCAACUAUUCAUAAAGUACUACCAUUAUCAAUAAAUGUAUAAUUUUCGU